UUUAUUUAUUUUUGUUUGUUAUUUAAUUUUAAACCAAGGGUAUUAGGGAUAUUUUUAUUUAAUGAAUGUCAUUUUUGUGACUUACUCUUUCUAGUGCUAUUUUUGAGACAUAAACUUCAAAAGGUACUAUUAUUGACAAUUGCCCUAUAUAUAAUUCAACCAAAUAAUUAUGUUGAUGAAAAGAUACAUAUUUUUCUACAUAUGCUAUAACUUGAAAUAGGCCUGGGCAUUUUACCCGGACCCGAAGACCCGACCCGAAACCGAUCCAAAAAAACCCGGUUCGGGUAGGAACCGACCCGAUCAAAUUACCCUAUCAGGUCUUGUUGCAGAGGACCCGCGGGUCUUGGACCCGACCCGACCCAAACCCGAAAUCCGAUGGGUACCCGAAUUAAUAAUGUAAAUUAAAUAAACUGCAUUAAGGGGGAAUCGAAGACGGGUUAUUUGUCUAGAGAACAUUGGAGUCAACCACUAGGAGACAACGAAUUGUUGUUGUAUCUCGCAUAGUUUAGUAUAUAUACACAUUUUAAUAUAAUAAAAACAAAAAUUUUGAAUAAAAUUUUGAAUAUUUUCGGAUAUAUAAAUAUUUUCAGAUAUAUUUUUGUAUUUUUAGGUGUUUUUUAGAUCGAACCCGAACCGAACCCGACCCGAAACCGAACCAAAUCCGAACCGAUAAAUUCUAAUUACCCGAAUGGGUCUAACUAUUUAAGACCCGACCCGACCCGGAUCCGGCACGACCCGGACCGACCCGGAACCGAAAAUUUAAAAUUACCCUAUCGGAUCCUAAACUCUUAGACCCGAAAGAUCCGGACCCGAAAGGACCCGACCCGAAUCCGACCCGACGACCCGAAUGCCCAGGCCUAACUUGAAAUUUUUUUAAAAUGAAUUUUUAAAAACUGUCAGACAAAAGUUAUACUAUACUAUACUAUAUCCAAAUCAUAUUAAAAUAGAAAGUACAGUUAAUUUAACGUAUAUCAAAAAUAAUGUUUUAUCAGUAUUUAUAAUUAAUAUACUAUUUUAUUUCAUAAUAGUAUAAUUUUCUUUCUCUCUACUCGUUCUCUUGCUCCUCCCUCUCGACCUCCUCCUACCCUUCUCCUCCUCUCUCCUCCUUUUCCUCUGCAUCUCUCCUCAAUUGAAAACUAUAUCAGUUUUUUCUCAAUUGAAGACUAUAUCAGGUUUUCUAUACCAUUUACUUAAUGAAUAUAGUAUAGUAUAAUAUACCACUUUACAUAAUUGAUCAGAUGCAAGUACACGCGUUUCAGAGAGAAUAAGUUCAAGAGUAUGUUUAAAUUGUCCCAUCAGCUGCCUAUUACUGUUGCAUGACUAUAUUUUUCAUUUUUUUUUCACUCUUAUGAACAUUUAACAAAUUCAUUCUAAAUAUUUUUUUAAUUACAGAGUAUUUUAUUGUUGUUCGAAAUCAUGAUUUGAUUCAGAUAGUAGGUGAUAUAAAUUGUGGUGUCAAUAGGGAGCAACGAGCUUAUAUGAUGCUUAGGACAUGAACACAGCUGUAUCAGUACCUCAGUACCUUGCCUUAGGAGGUAACCUACCCCAAUAUUAAUGUUAUUUAAUUAUUAGAGAAUUUAGAAUUAUAUGCUAUUUUGAUUGGAAGAUCCCUGAUUUGUCAUAUUCAAACAGUGCCCAUACUCAACCAAAUAACCAAAUAAUAUGACGCAACUAUAUACCGUAUAUUACAAAUAUCCUAUAUAAAACCAUUAUUUCAAAAACUACAUACAAAACCAAUAAUUUAUGGAAAUAUAUUUGUAAUUUUAUUUUUUAGAAGUUAAUAUAUUAUUACAAUAGAUAUAAUAUUUAAAAUAGAAGCAAAAGAAAACAUGUAUAUCCGCAGAUAAAUUACAUAAACAAAUGCCAAUUCUUCUUUUUAAAAAAGCCAAUUCUAAGAUAUUUAUUUUACAGUAGUAACUCUUUCUAUUAGCUUUAGAAAACAAAAAAAUACUCCAUUUGUUUCAUAAAGUUACAUGUUUUAGAAAAAGAAAUUGUUUCAGAAUAAUCCAUUUUUGUAUUUUUAAUGUAUAUUUAUCAAAUUAAUAAUGAGUAAUUGAAAUUUCACAAAAUUUAAUUACAUUUAUUGAAUUUUUAUUGGUUCAGAACUAUGUAAAAAGACAAUCACAAAAAUUCAUGUAUAUAUAAAUGAGAUUUAAUUAUUUUAUUAAUAUGUUUGAAAAGUUUAAAAUAUGUAAUAUUUUGAAACAUAAAGAGUAAUAAAAAUCACAUUUUUAAUGAAAUUUAACAACUCAAAAAUGUUAAAUUUGAUUCAAAAGAAAAUAUAAUUUUUUACAGCGUUUGCUACUUUGUUUUUGCCUUUUCUAUCAAAAGAGACGAGAAACAGAAAUUCUGAGAUUACAUCCUCACUGAUAUAAUUCUGCUCUUGACAUGCAUGUCCUAGAGAGAACCCGGAACUGAUAGCUUUAUUGGUAAAGCUUUUUUUCCAAAGGAUAGAGGUGCUAGGUUUGAAUCUCAUCUGUUGCGGGGAGGGGAUUAAACAAUCAGCUCUUGUUCCUGAUCUAGGGAGAUUACGAGUUUAAGCUCAAAAAAAUAAUAAAAAAAGGAAUAAGGGGUUCAACUUCUAACUUUACACUCUAAUUUAGUUCGUCUCUUACACGUGUCCAAUGUUUGCUUAUAACAUCACCUUGGUUCGGAAAUAAAAAGUAAGAGUGUGAAAAACUAUAAUAACAAAAUUUAAUGGUGGUAUGGCAUUUGUAUCCGACAAAAAAAAGGGUACGAACAAGACUUCGAAUCUUAUUAGUUAAGAAUUUAAGAUCCGGUGUGUUUAAUUCAAACAAUGACUUGUGGAAGUAAAAAGGUGAGAAAGGGGAAAGUAGCAUCUAUAUUUGUUACUUUCAAAGCUGGUUUCAUGAUUGAAAAAGUGACUGCAGCGAAACGUCAUCGUUGGUUGGUUUUCUUACAUGUUUCUGUGUCAACAUAAGAGGGUAAAACCAAGUCCGAAGCAACUCAAUGUGUCUGUCUAGUUUGGUCUAAUGAUAGGAAAAAAUAAUAUAUUAGCGUUAAUUCAAUUAACAGAUAACACAAAAGUAAUUGUUUGAUGUAUUAAAUGUGACGUCAAAAGAAGCUAUUUUGUAUUUGUACAUGAAUUGCUUUGUGAUUUUGACUAAAUAUAGCCAGGCAAUAGUCUUGAAUUCUUGAUUGAAGAUCGUGAGGUUUGGAUAUGGUCUGGACUUUUUCCCUUUUAAAGAAAGCCAUUUAUUAGAUUUCUUAUUGAAGUGCUUCCAACAUGGCAACAUGAUUUAGGCUUCGAAUGAUGAAUAUUGUCCCGCUCCGCCCCACAGUUAACAGUAAUAAAAAUCUCUACAUAUAUUAUAUAUCUAUACACUUUUAUAACUGUUAGAAUCGCACCGCAGUUGAACCGCUUGUCUCGCACCGCUCAAACUGCAGUAUUCUUACUACUUUAUCUUUCUUAUCUUUUUCUUUUGUUAACAAAAGUGAUCACGUGAAUAUUUUCUUUAAAUUUUAAAUAGGAAGCAGAAUUUAACGAAGAUCGCAAUAUGGCCUUUGCGAUCGGUCUUGAUAAGCGUGCCCAUAUGCCAACUGAGAUUUGAUUAUAACAUCAAGUCCAUUAUAGACAACAUUCUUCCAUUAUAUAUACUCCUAUAUAUCAAGGCGUAUACAUUGUGAUGAUUUGAUUAUAUUCACGUCUUAUUCAGCUGUUUGUAAUAAGUUAUAGCAUCAAUACGAAGUAACAAGACAAUGUAUCUCAAAAUUUUCCUCAAACUAUUGGAUGCAAAUUAUUCGACUAGUUGAGAAAUAUUGAAUUCAAUGUAUUAAAGUCGCAUGAGCAGAUUCUGCGAAACAGAUGCAUUUGAUCAAAAUCGUUUCUGACAUAUUUCAAGUGGAUUUAUAAACAAAACAUAAUAGCAAGAAGUCUAGAUACAAAAGGCUACAUGACUACCCUCUUUCUCAUUAUAGUUCAAACUUCAAAGUAAGUAUAACUUUAAGAGAUUGAAAAAUACAAAUUUUCAAAAACAAAAACAAAUUAUAACUGAGAAAAAUAGGAACUUCGUGAGAUAUGAAGGAGGGUUCCAACGAUGGCUGGAAGCAAUGAACUAGUUUUCUAUUUGUUCCCUCUAUUUUUUUCUGUUAUAAUCUCUUCAAACAUGUCCUUUGAAAAGCUGCAUAUCAUUGUAAAAAACGAACACCUUUUUUCUUGUGAGUCUAAUUUAACAUUACAUUAAAAUAAAAUAAAAUAGGAACUUCGUGGUGACUGCCUGGAUGGUGAGAGCGCUUCAUGCACCUUGAUUUGUCCAGACUCCAGAAGAGCGGCUCGUGGGUCUGACAUCCAACCGAUUUAUGAAACAUGUUUUUUUUAUAAAAUGGAUCAUGACCUUCGAUCCAAAUAAAGGACAAUCCUUUCGUGAAUUGACGCUCAAUAUGACUUCAAUAUAGUAAAUUUUCUCUUCACCAGCUAAAUGAAUAUUGGAUUUUAGUUUUUGGUUUAGUGUUUUGUGAUAUAUACCAAUCGACUUCAAAUUCGAUAGAAUACAUGAUAACGAGAAGAAGAAACCUAUAAUACAUUCGAGUUGCUAUGAUUCGGGACAAAGUGAUCAAUAUUCAUAAUUACACCAACUGUAAGUCUAAUUUAUUUAAACUUGUAUUGAAACUUAUUCCGUAAAUAAUGUCUUUGUUAUCUUCUAAACUAGACAUUAUCUAUUGUUAAAAAACUACACAUUAUCUAUAGUUCAAAAAAGUGCCAUGCGCAAAAGACAUAUUACAUAUAUAUUCUAUGCAUGGAAAUAUGGAACAUCAACAUGUUAAAGCAAGAAGACAUUUUUCAACAGCUAGUUAGUACGUAUACCGUAUGAAUAGAUAUAUUUAUGAGUGUAAAAAUUUAAAAGGGUGAAAAAAGAAUGAUGGAAACAAUCCUUUGUCACAUAGUGUAUAUAAAUUAUACAUAUAUAUAUAUAUAUAUAUAUCUUAACGUUAUGUUUUAUAAUAAGUUAAAGAACAAGGAUGGCAGUAACAGUUUACAUUUUCACACAUAACUCUCCAUCUCUCUCCCAUAUAUCACCACACCUCUUCUGUGAUUCAGACACAAAAUUUCAUUCUUUGUCAGAUCUUUCUCCUUCUUCCUCCCUAACAUUUAUCUCAGCAGCUUCUCCAUAUCUCUCUCAAAGAAAAAGAAACCCUACAAAUUUCUAAACUUAAGAAGAAGAGAAUGGAUAACUCUGACAUACUAAUGAACAUGAUGAUGACACAAAUGGAGAAGCUUCCUGAUCACUUCUCUAACCCAAACCUUAACCCUAGUUCCCAUAACAUCACGAUGCCCUCCGAAUCCAACACUUAUCACCCUUUCUUCUUCAACCACAACAACCAUACCCAUCCCCCAGUACUUAACCCAACCAUCACUCACCACCACCAACCCGGUUUAAAUUUCCGGUAUGCCCCUUCCACGUCAUCAUUUCUCCCGGACAAAAGAGGAGGAGGCGGCGACAACGCUGACAUGGCGGCGAUGCGAGAGAUGAUCUUUCGAAUAGCCGUGAUGCAACCGAUACAUAUUGAUCCAGAAUCAGUGAAGCCACCUAAGAGGAAGAACGUGAGGAUCUCUAAAGAUCCACAGAGCGUGGCGGCUCGGCAUAGGAGGGAGAGAAUCAGCGAGCGGAUUAGGAUACUUCAACGCCUUGUACCUGGCGGAACCAAGAUGGAUACUGCAUCGAUGCUCGAUGAGGCUAUCCAUUACGUUAAGUUUCUCAAGAAGCAAGUGCAGUCGCUGGAGGAGCAUGCAGUGGUUAACGGCGGAGGAAUGACGCCAGCACCGCCGGUUGUUGGUGGAAAAGGAUGCAAGGACUAUGCGAUCUGAUCAUUACCAGAUGCUUGGAAAUGCACAUAUUCCUAGAUGAUGUUCUUUUAAUGUAUUUCAUAUUAUACUAUUAAUAUGAAGAGGAAAAAUACUCUCGGGAGGAGUGGAAUUUAAUAUUAUGAACCUGUGAGGGUAUUUCAUAUUUUAGACGUAAUUUAUUUUUCCUGUUUCUAUAAUCUUCGGGAUUAAUUCAGCAGGCUUGUGCUGAAAGAAUAAUUAUAGUUUCUGAUGGUCAUUGCUAAAAGAAUUAGUCUUUGAUUACUAAACUGAUCAAUGAAAUACUUGAAGCUGGUUGUAAUGAUUUCAGAUGGGGUCUAUAUAAUUUCUUAUAGCAACUGGCACACAUAUACAUAUCAGAUAUUCACUAGUGGCUUGUGGCAAAAGUAAUACCAUUACUGUAUCAUAAACUGAAUUAUAAUAUAACAGUGUGCGUGGAUGAAUUUUGAAUUUUUUCUCUCUUUCUUUUGCGUGAGUGGAUUUUUUUUUUUUUGGCAAAUUGAACGUGGGUGAAUUUUAAAUUGUAACAAUAUGAUUUCGUUUUAUGUAUACACUUUGAAAAUGAAAACUCAACAUCUCAAUCUAUUGAAAGAAAAGCUCGUGGUUAAUCCAUUUUCUUGUUCAUUGCCAUUAUAAGCUCCGUGCGAUCACUCUCCAUGUUUAUUUGGUUAUAUCUUUGUUUAUAUCUUUGUACCCACGCCACUUAAUAGCUAAUAAUAGUUCCUAAGCUUUGGCUUAAAGGACAUUUAAUUAUUAGGUUAGAACUUCACCGUUCAACACAUGACUUCAACAUCAACCAAAUCUCGUCUAGUCCAAUCUAGUCAAUCCGUUUACUGCUCUAUAAGACAUUAGUAUUUAAUCUUGACCCAAUUUCUUUUUUAGCUCCAGUGGUUUCUUCCUCCUGUUCUUUCCAUCAAAUGUUACACUUGACCACAUUAUUGAAAAGGUAAUUCAUUCCUUGACUUCUUCCAUAAUCUUUAGACUAUACGUCGAGAAAACUCGUUUGACAUACCUAAAUAUUCAAUAUGAACAAAAAUAUGUUUUUAACUUUCACGUUCCGUUCAUCUCUGUUCUAUUCAUCCGUACAAAUCAAGGUUCUUCUAUCACAAGAUGCAAGAAAUGAAGAGACGGGUGGUAGUUUUCGUAAAAUAAUUUAUUGCUACCAGCAUAAAAAAUUACCGGGCCGGGCCUGCGUACAAAGUAGACUUGCGUUUGUGAUUUCAGACUCAGUUGGCCGAACAACAUUCUCAUAUAGGUGGAGAAAAUGAUACAUUUAAUUCAUCACAUGUUUGCAUUACACACUUAGGCAUUUUAUAGGCGCAUUGCAUAUACUUUUUCCUCAACAAGGGUUAAAUACGUAUUGCAGAUAUAUAUAUUGAAUAUAUGAUAUGCAUAUUUGCAUAUACUUCAAGAGUUAAAUGACUAUUUUCUAUGUUCGUCACAUUUCUAUACGUGUCGCAUGAAUUUGAAGUAAUUAAAAAACGUUACAUGGGCUAUUAUAAACAGCUGGCAAAAUAUUAGUAAAUUUUGAUUUAAUUCGUUAUUCGUUUCACCUAAAGAUACAUAUAUCCGUAACUCUAGGAAGCAAAAAAUUAUUAUGCAUUAUCUGUAAAAAACAAAACAAAUUACAAAUACUAAUAUUUUUAGGAACGGAUAUCAGAUCUUUUAUAUCUAUAUAUAUACAUAUAUUUAUAGAAUUAUACAUAUAAGUUAAAUGAAUAUUUAUAUUUUAUGUAAGUUUUACAGUAUUUUUAUUUACUAAAUAUAUUAUAUUAGUUCUUAGAAUUUUAAAAGUAAAUAAUUUUUCUAAUAAAAUAUUAUUAUUUUAUAUUAUUUUUGAUAAUUUAUUUAUUUAUUUUUACAGAUCAAAUCUGAUAUCCGGUCAAAAAUCUAAAAUUGCUAUGAAUCAAAACGGAUCAGAUCACAAAUAGUUCCAAAAACUCAGAUAUCCGAAUCGCGUCCACCCCUUAAAAUACGUGGCUCCCAUCGGCACUAUUGUCUUAUAUCAGAAACCUAAUUAGGCAUAAAAUCAAUACACAUGUCUCUUAUUUUUUCACAGCCUAUGUUGAUCGAUAAUUAAACUAGCCAUUCAAUCAUGAAAAGAUGUUCUAUCUGAAUAGUCUAGCGAAGGCUUCUCGUGUGACAACUUCCAAAAUUCAAAAAAUUGUUCGCCUUUGACUCAAUAAUAUCUAUGGACAACUAAAAAAAACAUGUUUAAAUUGAUGUUCAUGUACUUGGGCUCAGCCGCCCAAUUCAGGUUUGGCUUACUAGACUUAUAAGCUCAGUCAAUGAAGUGGAUGCAUGCAAGUCUUCUCAAGCCUAUUCGAUCUUUCCGAUAAAACAGAAAUAAUUUCAGGUUAAUUUGGGUGGUCAUGCAUUACAGAUUCCAAGGAAUAUCCGUAGACCUUGAAUUUAUGCUUAUCUUGAGAGGGACCCUCUGUAUUAGCUUUGAAAAAAUCGAUUCCACUCACGCGACAAGUUGAAUUGAAUUGUUUAUUUUUUUAAUAAACAAUCAAUAAUGCGCAUUUGGUUUACUGUUUCUUCAGAAUCAAGUGGUGCACAUGGUGCUAUUACUUGCACAAUAUUGUCGUUGAAUCUAUGUAAAAACAAAUAUUUUGAAUUAUGUGGCAAAGCAAAACAAGUAAGUGGUUCUACAUUUCUUACAUAUAUGUUUUAAAGUUUUGUAAUUAAUUUGUUCACUGUAUAUGUGUUAUCUAAUAAAACGAGCAAGUUGUGUGGUAGGAGUAGGCCACAUGCUCUUAGACAGAGAUCACGACCUGGUAAAAACGACUUGGAAUAACAAUAUCAUAUGCGUUGAUAUCAAGCGACGGUUGAAGACUGUAGUGUAUUGGAUACAAAAGAAUCUUCUUUGUUGUUACAACAGAAAUAAUUCUAAGCAGGUAGGAAAAGUAUAAACUACGAUGAAAGUAGCCGAAAGAAAAUAAAAAGGAAAAGAAGAGAGAAAUCGGAGUAUGUGAUUGGUUCAUGGUACCAAAACCAAGAGAGAGAAAAAAAGUCGCAACUCGCAAGUGGCAUGGUCUUUAUCCAUAUAUUAUCGAGGAAGAUAUUUGCAGAAGAACAUUAAAUAAAUAAAUAUCCAAGAAUUCUAAGAAAGGAGUAAAUAAACGAAAGGAAGGAUUGGUGGGAAGAACAUGCGAGCAUGUGACGGUGACGGUGACGGGGUGACGGUAAACUGGUAAAGGAUAUACUACACGUCUGGAUUUUUGUGCGUUCCUCAUCGUCAGGUUCCGUUAAGGGGUUCUUUUUUUUUUUUUUUUUUUUUUUUUUUCACUGAAUUUUAUUAAAGGACAAAGCCCAAACAAGGACAAAGCCCGAUACAAGAACAACCAGAAGGCCUAAAACAGAGGGCCAUCGAACAUAAAACUUUUGGGCCGUAAACCCAAAAGGAAACCGUUGGGAAAGCAAUCUUUAGGCUUCCACCACGUGGUCGAUUGCCCAGCAAUCAAUGGCCACGCGUCAAGACGCGAGAAAGACAGCUUCCUCCGGAGCCAGCGAGACGAUACGGCGGAGCUCCACCGUCGGCGAGACCUAAUCGAAAAAGAAACCGUUCAAAACGAACGGCUCUCAACCCAGAUCAGCCAAAGAGUCAGGCUUGACAGAUCAAGCGUUUCUAAGAAAUCAAUCAACGUCAAUCGAACCCAAUCAUCGAGAUUCCUACAUGCACAACAAUCAGCUUUAAAGAUAAAGGAAGAGCUUGAAGAUGAGAAUCGCCUUUAUCAAGGAAAGGAAUCGAGAAUCGAAGAUCGAGAAGGAGAAUCGAUUGAGUAAAGAACCACCGGAACGCUGAUCGAACGGAACCGGGAGAACCCCGGUGGAGAGCCGGCGAAGACAGUGAAAGGUUCACCACUUCCCGGAGUCAGUAGCCGGCGAAGACGGCGUUAAGAGAACCACCGCUUCUCAGAGACAAACAUCUGAUCAACAGAUCAUAACAACAAAAAGAUCUGAGUACUCUCAUCAUCUCCUCCGUAAAAGAUUUUGGAGAGAGAACGGAGGAAAGAGAGAGACUCAGUUUUUGUUUUCUGUUAAGGGGUUCUUCCGUUAAUGUUUGUUUUUCUCUUAAAACUAUUACUAUAUCGAAAAUCAUUGGUAAAUAAUAGAAUAAAGAGAAGGAUAAAAAAAACUGAAAGAAAAAGAAAUAAAAAAGUGAAAACAGAAAUUCUUUCCACAAAUAUAGAAAAUAAUACAUUAGUCUAUUUUUUAGCGUUAAUAAAUGAAAAAUAUCAUCACGUGAUUGACUAAAAAUUAAAAUAAUUCAGCAGAAAAUAAUUUUACUCUAAAUUAUUAUCACUGAUUGUGUUUUUCAAUCCGAACCUUGAUAUUUCUUUUGUAAUAAUAUUAUUAUAGAAGUUAUGAAAUGAAAACUUAAUAAGAGCCGCAAUUUGUGAAAGUCUGUUGCUCUGUUAAGAAUCAAAGACUUCACUCAGUCUGACUCCGACAAUAAAGAAAGUAAAGAAAAAAGCUUCACUGUGAAGCACAUCUUUCUGUUUCUUGGAUGCUUGGAUUAAUUAUUUAUCAGUCAAUACUUUUAUAUUGUAGAGUCUGAGGUGCGCCGCAAUUUUGUUUCAUGACAAUCUUUCAGCUUUCUAAUAAAGAAAACAAGAAAAGUAAUGUUAUUAUCUAGUGGGUUUUGGUUUAGUAACGUUUCGGUGUGUAUUUUUGAAUAAAAAGAUUGGUUAUGGAUCUCUAGUAAAUUGCUCGUCACAAAACUAUGACGUCUCUGUGUUCGAAUCCUAAUUUACUAUAACAAGCAAAUUUACUAGUGUUCUGUAUCUGUAUGCUAGUAUUAUGUAUAAUACCGAAUUCUGGUUAUAAACUGAAUUAUUAAAACUAUAAUAGCUUCAAGUAGAUUUAUAUAUAGUAAAGUAUUUAUAAACCAUAGACGAACAGGGAUAAUAUUUAUAGAACAAUGAUAGAGUAUUACUUUUCUGUGGUUUUCAUGCAAGCAUGCCCAUUACGACUUGGCCGGGCAAGCAAGUUGAUGUGAAAACUUCUAUAUUAAGCAUUUUAUUACGAUAAAAGUUAAACAUACCGUAAAGUUUGUGACUAUUAAUAAAUUAGCAAGAAGACUAAUGAUUGGAAGAGUUGUCGGAUAAAGUCGUGUAUCAUGCAUCAAAAUCUGUUGAAUUGCUAUAGGAACUGAUACAGACAAGAAAAAUAUAAACUAUAUAUAGUACAAUUAAUUCACAUGUGACAACUUCAUUGUAUUCAGCAUUUUUCAUCUAUAUCAGUCCCAUUUAGUUUACAAAGACACAUUAUGUUAUUUGAAAGUAAACAUGCAAAGUGCACCUGAGAAUUAAUAGGUUAUUCUUUUAAUUUGAAAAAUACCUUAGGAUAACACAAAAAAAAGAUCAUUAUCACAAAUAUAGAUCAAAAUGACCAAAAUAUUUUAUUAAAGAGGUAAAUAUACACUUAUACCCAUGUGAUUAACUAAUCGAAACUUUACGGUUUAAAGUUACGGGGUGGACAUUUAGGAUUAAGUUUUAAAAUUUUAUAAAAUAAAAAAUAAAUAUUAAAAAUUGAAAAAUAGUUUUAAAAAGUAUUUCGAAUUACAAAAAGAAAAUUUGAAAAAAUAAAAAACUAAAAAAAAAUAAAAAAAGAAUUAUAAAAACGUUCAAAUUUGAAAGUAUAUAAACUGAAAAUAUAUAAAAAAUUUAAUUUUAUAAAUUUUAAUUUUAAUUUUUUUAUUUUUUAUUUGUAUUUAUAUAGCUAGGGUAUUAAGUUUUUUUACCUAUUAAAUGAAAUAUUUUGGUCAUUUUCCUCCUUAUGAUCAAUUUUUAUGAUAAAAACUUGAAAAUAUUUUAUUUAGGAGAAUUGCCCUUUUAAUUUUCUAGUCUUUUAAUCAUUAACUAGGUGUUUGCCCGCAAUUUUGCAGGUAAUUAUAUUAUACGAAAAAUAUAUAUUAUGUUUACAUUGUUGUAAUUUUUGAAUAAUAAUUAAAAUUUUUAAAUUUCAAAUAGUUGGAUAAUUAAAAAUGCAGUAUAUAUUUUUAGAAGAUCUGUGAGAUUUAAUAUAGUUCAACAACGUAACCUUAGUCAUUAUAAAUAUUUCUCUUACAAAUAAGCAAUAUUAUGAUUAAUUCAGAUAAUUGGCUGUAGAAUUAUUUUAUAUUAAUAUAUUUUAUUUUAACACGUGAAAAAAUCGGGAAUACUUUAGCUUUCAAGAAAUAAAAAAGAAAAUUUUUUUUUGUGUAGAAUUUAUACAAUGAUCAGAUGCUUUUAUCAUGAAGAUAUUUUGUAAACGUUUUUGUGUAGACUUUAGAAAACAUAAAAAGUUCUAAUAAUUCUUUACCUACAAAUCUAAUUCUUUUAUAUAAGAAUAUAUAUAACCAUUAAAUUUCUUUCAAUAAAAAAGUUAAAUUAUUUUAUUUAAUUAUAUAAAAUAAUUUGAUAAAACAUAUAUAUUAUUUCCCCAAUUCUACAAUUAGUUACCAUAAAUCAUUAUUUGUAAUAUUACUUGUGCUAUUUGGUAAUUUAUGAUAAUUAGUUCUAUUGUUACAUUUUAUUAUUAGAUCUGAUUAAAAUAAAUAACUAAUAAACGUUAUAACUAUUUUUAAAAACUUAACCUAUGAACAAUACAUAAGAAAAAGUCACUUAAAUGACUUCUCAAUUAAUAUAUAGUAUGAUUUAUCUCUUUUAAACUAAUCAUAAAUUUUGUUAAUAUAAACAUGAAAACAUGUACUAGAAAAAUGGUAGUCUAAGUAAUUUCUCUCAUAAUUUUCUCAAACCACAAAUCACAUUUUCUCACUCAUUUUUAUUUAGUGUUUAAUAUAAAACUUAAAUGGGUUAAACAAACCAUUUUUCAUUUAAAACAUACCUAUUUUAAUUAAAUCUGAUUAAUUAAUAAAAAAAAUUAAAAUUUAAAUAGCGAAGUGUUGUUAUUUUAGGCAUAUAUACUUAAUAUUAAUGUGAGAUCCAAUAUUAUAUCAAAACAAAAAAAAAAUAUUUGUAUAACAAAUUUUAUUAUUGUAUAUUUUACAAUUUUAUUAUACCACAAAAUAUACAUCUUAUUAUUUUUGAAUAAUUUAUCCUACUUGCAAUUUACCUUGUAUUUUCUAUCUUUGACUUUAACAAUUGUAGAACAUAUCAUUUUUAUUUAUCUUUCUUACUCAAUUUAUCACAAUGUUUUAAAAACACAAAACUAAUUAGUUCACAUUUAUAGUAACACAAAAAAUACAUGCAUCUCGACAAAUAAAUAAAGUUAAAUACAUAAGAAUAUAGAAGAACCAAGAACACAACAAACAUAUUAUUCUUCCCUCAUAUUUUUUAUUUAUGUCUCCUUUAUUUUUUUUACUACUCAAAACAAGCAUAAUCAAAGCUAUAUGAAUUAUAUUAAUAUAGUAUUAACUCUAGGAAAAGCAUGUAAAAAAUACUUUGAUUAAUUUAAUUUUAAAUGACUUACUAUAUAAUAAUUUUAAAUGAAUUACCAUAUAAUAUAAUUUUAAGUGACUUACCAUAUAUUAAUUUUAAUUCAAAUGUUUAUAUUAAUAGAUGAAUUAAAUAACAUUUCUUGAUUAAUAUAAUUUUAAAUGAGUUACCAUAUAAUUUUAUGUUUAAAAUAGAAAAAUAUUUUGAUCAUUUCUAAAAGUGAUAACUUAUCUAUGAUAUCACGUUGUCAUUGGAAAAUGAUGAAUCUUUUAAAAUUAUAUAUUUGUUUGUUUUUCAUUUAUUCGAAACAUUUUAGAAUAUAUAUAUAUAUAUAUAUAUAUAAUUAAUGAGUGAGUUUAAUCAGUAUUAUUAGGUUUACAUUAAUUAAUUUUCUAGAAUCUAUGAUUUAUUGUAUUCAUUACUAAUAUAAACAUAUUAAAACCAUUUUUAUAAUUGUUUCUGUAAUAUCAUAUGUAUUUAAAACUAUAUUACCAAUUUAUAUAAUGUAAUCUAUGAUAUUUAAUUGUUUAUAUAAAUAAAUUAUAUUAAUUCAUCUAUAUUUAAGAUGUUUAAUUGUAUGUUUGAAAACAUAUAUUAGAUUAGGUAAUUCUAGGGUUAGUUUUCUUUUAAAAUAUUUAAUUAAAUAAA